AUGAGUGAUUCCUUCGAUAAACAUUCCAUAAUUGAGCUCUCUGAUGCACAAUCUAAUAAAUCGAGUCAAGAAGUUAAUUUAACAAGUAUACAUGUCACUGGUGCAGAUAAGUUUUCCGACAAAUUCCUACAGAAAGGCCUUGCACCGCUACUCAGAACCUCUGAUUCAACAAUUGGCGAUUUGAUCACUGAUGCACAAAAGUCGGCCUCUUUCUUUUGGGGCACCGAUUGCUUUCAAAAUGUUGAUAUUCUAAUAGACAAGGAUUUGGAUUAUAAACAACCUACACAUUCUAUGUUGUCCACAGAAGUACCAAUGAAUUUAAAAGCAUUUGUGAAUCUAGUUCAUUAUCGAUUAAAAUCAGUCCAAUUUGGCUCUGUACAUGAUAGCAUUUAUGGUCAUUUACUUUCGCUAACAUACACGAACAGAAAUACAUCUGGAAUUGCAAACUACACCCAUUUAGCUGCAACAGUUAAUAAACUUGAUGCUGAAAAGGGUCAAACAAUUUUGGGUACAUUUAAAAUUCCAAUGGCUAAUCCUAUUAAUAAAAUUGUUGCCAAUUUUUCUGCCCGGAAUGGAACGGUUUCCAGGUUCCAAUCGAAAAAUCAGGUUAUCGGAAGUGCACAAUUUGGCUUUGAAAGGCAUCCAUUAUCAAAUCCGAGUGGGAUCGACUGCUCAUUUUUUGGAGGCUUGAAUUUUGCAAAACGGUCGAUUCUAAAUGUUGCAGAUUCAGCCAGUGACGAGGUUAAAACUUAUGCAGGAGAUAGCCUUAAGCAAUCGUUGAUUUUGAAUUUGAAUUUUGGUCGGCUUGACUGCAUUCCUGCUUCGGAAGGUGCUUUUCCUCUAGAAGGAUUUAAAUCAAAUUUAAGGGCGGAAUAUACCGACCUUCCAUUUAUGAGUGCCCAAGGUUCAAAUAAUGACAAGGGAGAUCAUUUCGAGAAGCUCGAGUUCAAUGGUGCAGUUUUUAAAUCCUUUCUUCAAGAUAAUAUAACGUUUGGGUGUGGAAUAGGCUGUGGAAACAUAAGAAACUUAAGGCCAUCAGUGUCAGACACUGUUCAUUUCAUGGAUAAGUUUUAUGUUUCGAUGCCGGGUUAUGGGACCCUGGGCCUGAAUCAUUCAUUUAUUGGUGGUAGGUCAUAUUUCUCGUAUAAUUUUGUGCUGUACACCAGAUUGCUAUUUGCUUCUAAGAAAAGUCCACUUAGAACUUACUUUUCUUUAUCCGGUGCAAAGCUUUGCCAGAAUUUGGACGACUUGAUAAAUCCAGAAACGAACAUAAACUAUCUAAAAUCGACAGCCUCAACUGGUAUCACAUACAAGGUCGGCGACUAUGCUCAUUGUAAUAUCGGAUAUCAUUGGCCACUGGACGUGACCGAUGUUGGCGAUAUUCAUCCCGGCAUUGAACUUAAUGUAUCCUUGUAUGGCGACUUUUAA